CUCGGGCUGGGCCUACCAGCAGACUCCGAGGCGGGGCCCGGCGCUCUGGUUGGGCUGCAGUCAGGGCCGAGGAGGAGGAGGAGCUUCGUCCCUCAGAGAGGCCUUCUCGCCCGGGUCCUCUCCCUCUCACCUGCCCAGGUUAUGUUUUUCAAGGAGUGAAUUAUGGGUUCUGAAGAGAAAGAAGAUGGAUUAUACAAAAUUACAACAUCUCAGCAAGCAGUCUGUUCUUGUUGUGGUGCUCUUAUUACAUCAGUUUUGGUGACUCCCCUAGAUGUUAUCAAAGUUCGGCUGCAAGUCCAGAUGAAUCCAUCUCUCAAAGGAAAGUCAUUUUUAGAUUCUGAUGGCUUGACAGAUCAUGUUUAUCUCUAUGAAAACGGAAGUGGCAAAACUUGGCAGAGGACAGCUGGCCGUUUUAAUGGCAUGAUGGAUGCUUUUGUGAAAAUUGUUCAAAGAGAGGGAGCGAAAUCACUGUGGAGUGGAUUGCCUCCAUCAUUAGCAGUUUCAGUUCCAACAACAGUACUUUAUUUUACCUGCUAUGAUAAACUACGCGAUGCUAUCAUUUCUGAAUUAGGAGAAGAUAAUGGCUAUAUUUCACUUGCUGCAGGUGGCAUAGCUAGAUUGUUUUCAGCCACUAUAAUAAGUCCAGUUGAAAUGAUUAGAACCACAAUGCAGUCUCGGCGAUUGAGUUAUAAACAAUUGAGUGCUUGUGUUAGUAAUAAUGUGGCUCAAAACGGCUGGCUUUCACUCUGGAAAGGAUGGGGACCCACUGUUCUCAGAGAUGUGCCAUUCUCAGCACUCUAUUGGUGUAACUAUGAAUCCUUCAAGAAGUUAUUGUGUAAGAAAUCAGGAAUACAUGAACCAACAAUCCUUAUCACCUUCUCAUCAGGAGCAGCAGCUGGCUCUAUUGCUGCCACAUUAACGUUACCUUUUGAUGUAGUCAAAACACACAAGCAGACAGAACUUUGGCAAUCUGAUGUUUUACAGUCAUCACAGAAAAGUGCAUCAAUUUGGGAAAUAAUGAAGGGAAUUGUUGCUAAAAAUGGACUUACUGGAUUGUUUACUGGUAUUAUUCCAAGGCUGACAAAAAUUGCUCCUGCUUGUGCGAUAAUGAUAAGUACAUAUGAAUAUGGGAAAUCUUUCUUUCGUAAGUUAAAUAAAAAGAAGGACACGGAGAACCAUUAAUGCUGUUUCUGUAGACUGUAAGUGGCAAUGAUGGCAAGAGGGAUGUACCUUGGUCCAUACAAGAAAGUUGCAUCUGGAAAGUAUAAGCUCUCCAUGUAUCACCCAAACUCUAGCAAUGGCAUAUAGGUAAAAAUAUCCAGUUCUGUAGGAACAGAGCGCUUAAAAGUUCUGUAUUCAAGUAAACAGAACAUAAAUUGCUUUAGAAAAAACUGGAGAAUUUAUCUGUUUUUCUGUUGCCAUUGUGUUAUUCAUGGUACUACAUAUGGUAACAGAACGUAACAGCAUAUCCACGUGUACUGUGAAAAAUACCCAUAUAGAAUUCAGGUACUGUACAACUAAGUGUGUGAUAGAUUAGUACACAUAUUGCCUCUGAUAUAUGUGGUUUUAUUCAGCCUGCCUGGUGAUUCCUAGCACAGGAGUUUGAGUUCUCUUGAUAAAACAGAAUGUCCAAGCCAUGGUUUGACAUGUAUAACAACUGUUUUCCAGAUGCAGAUGUUACUUCAGUAAUUGUAUGAAUAUUUAUUAAGGUAGAAACAAAUAUGUCAGUAAUAAAGCAGUGCUGUUUUUAA